AUGACGCUCGAAAGCUCUUCCUGGAUGUACUGCUUGUGGGUACUGGGUGACUUCGUCGGGAUAGUCUCUUCCUUCGUGUUGCGCCACAUGUACAAAUGCACAACGCAUCCAUUCUCAUUUCCUCUCAAACGAGACCUCCCCAAAAGUCAAUUAAGAUUUGUGGACAUCUCACGGUCAUCCUCUGGAAUGAAUAGUUCGGUAUCUGUCAGUGACCAAGGGAUCAUCAACGAUGAUAGAUGGUGUCAUUGAAUUCGAAGUGUAGAAACUGUGCACGAAAAGAGUUGUAUUCUGCCCACAUGAGAUGACGUAAGACCUCGAAAACAAACUCUGAAAAAUAAAAUUCGGAAGGUGUUCACGCUCAACUCUCAAUCCUCAACCGAUGAAGAAGAAAACACAGAGAAGGCGUGUGCAUUUGCCAACGAAGUCCCAAUUUUCCACUGGAUUGCCGUAUCCCUAACAACGAAUGACAUAAUCGUGAAAAGCUUGUCAGAGAAGCCCAGGCCUUGGGCCCAAAUAAGUACAAAUUGUACGUGGAAGUGUCAUGAUAAAUUAAUUUCCAGCUCCAGCCGCCAUCCAGCCGAGUUGGGGCGGAACUUUGGUGCGUGAACGAAACUCGUGAUUAUCGUCGUGAGUUCUUGAGUUUGACACGAUGGCCCAAAACGGGAACAACAAGGGACGUCAUCGUGAUCAGCAUUCCCUUGCGGAAAAUCCUCGAAACGAAGGUUGCUAUUCGUUGACAGUCCUCAAAUUAUUCUUCGUCAUCUUCAACAUUAUCUUUCUGGUUUCUAGUAUUAUCAUUGGAGGAACGGGGGUAUGGAACCAUUGGACCCAUUGGCAUAUCUUGAGUCUAAUGACAACAAUUACGUACUCCUUAAUCACUUGGCUUGUGAUUGCAACCGGCCUAUUGGGCAUAGUUGGUGCAACUAUAGGUUGCUUUGGAGCAAAACUUGAGCAACGAUGCUCCAUUGGAUUGUACGGGUUCAUUGUGGCAAUUAUGUUCAUGAUGGAAUUGAUCUUGUGCAUGCUUUCCUACUCGUAUCAUGAUCAAGUUGAGCUAGAUUUGCACCAAAACCUUGGUCCGAAUCUGAUUAGAACCUACUCCGUGGACAGAGACAUCACAGAAGCCGUGGAUUAUAUUCAACAAAAAUUGAAUUGUUGUGGUGGCGAUUAUUACGAGGAUUGGACCAAAAGUAAAUGGUACUUCACAGCCUCCAAGCGGAAUAAAGUUCCAGAUUCUUGUUGCAAAACUAUGUCGGAUGCCUGCGGAAUGAGUGAUCAUCCAUCUAACAUUCCUUACACGGGUUGUCGCCACCCAAUGGCCGCACAGAUUCAAAGUCAUCUAGUUCUUUUGGGUAUAACUGGAAUUGGUUGUGCACUUCUGCAAAUUUUGGGAUUCGUUUUCACUAUUUGUCUGUUUGAAAAAUUGGGACGGGUGGGAAAAAUGAAAAGUUGGCAAACCGAGUCGAAGAAAUUCAGCCCACAUUUUACAACUUCUCAUGUCGGGUAUCAUCCGGUAUUUUCCAACGGUUUGUCUAACAAAACUUAAUGGCUAUUUAAUCCCCUUGUUGCUGAAAAGUCAAUACAAGUGUCAGAUAAAUAUAAUUGCCUAGAAAAUUUGCCCAAGGUAACCCCGCCUUUCAAUUAUCGAACCAUUGCUAUUGUGUGACCUUGUUAAACAUUAUGAAUUGAUAACAAACAUGAUGCUAAGUUUAAUAAAGAAUGUAUUCGAAAUCAA